AUGCUGGCGCAGUACAUCAUUGCGAUCGUGGAGGCCGCCGGCGACGUGGUCAUCAACGUUGCCAGCAUAGGGCACGCUGCUUUGCAACUCCCUCAUAGGGCCACGGCGCACUCCGUCUUUGCCAUCCCUGUGGACGAUGCGCCGGAGCUGUUCAGCAACCUCAGCGUCCGUUCUGCAGCGGCUCUCCACAUCGCCCGCGCCCCGAUCAUCCAGUGGGAUGAGUGGCCGCGCGUUCGCAAGGCAGCCUGGGAGUCCGUCCUGAGCUUGCUGGACGCGCAGAAAGCCCAGCACCCCCGAGAAUACCGACCUAAAGUCUUCAUACGGCACGGGGACUUCCGCCAAAUCCCCCCCGCCAUCCCGAGGGCCAGCCGCCACGUCAUCGCCCAGAACACCGUCCAGACCUCCUCGUCGCGGUCCAAGUUCACCCGGUUCCACCUUUCCCGCGUCUGGAGACAAGCUGAAGACGUUUCCUUUUGCCAGUGCAUAGACGGCAUCGGCGACGGCACGCAACCCACUCGGAGCAGCAACGCCGGUGACUUGGGAUUCGUGCCCCUGCGCGACAUCGCCACCGUGGCAGACGAAGCAGCGGCCGCCCGACAAGCAUUUCCCCACGUCAACGACCCGCACCACUGCGCCAACGCCAAGAUCCUCGCCGCCGUGAACACGCUGAUGGAUGCGCACAACGAGCGCAUUCUGAACGUCUUGGAACGCACUUACAUUCGCCCUUCCUACCACCUGCUCAGCGCCGACACGUUGGACGUCGAUUCAACGGGCCUCAUCGAGCCGCACCUGACAGCAGAGUUUCCCACGCUCCAGAACGCCCCAGGCGCACCGCCCCAUGACUUGCACAUUGUGGUCGGCGGCCUGUUCGAGCUCAUGAGGAAUUUCAACCCUGUCGAGCGACUCAUGAACCAUGUCCUGGUCGUCGUGAAGGCAGUCCACCACCAUCACACCCUUAAAGAAACCUUGGACGGCCGCGAGUAUCCUUUACCUCGCAUCGUGUUCCGCUGGCAGAUUGCCAACGGCACGUCCACCAUGGCCCGUCGACAGUAUCCUCCGCGGGCUGCGUACGCGUCCACCUUCAAUGGGGGGCAGGGCCGCACGCUCGCGCGCGCGUGCCUGAACGUGCGCCGAAGCCCCUUUGCCCAUGGGCAUCUCUAUGCGGGCGUCACUAGAGUCAAGAACCGCGACGAUAUGCGCGUUCCCCCCGAUUUUGAGAAUUUGAACCAGAACGGCAACGCCUUAGUGCGCAAC